GUUCUUUACCCAUACCAGAAAUGGUCAUUCCUCCUCCUGUCAGGCCGCCAAGGAUCAUCAACUACCUGAAGCCUUAUGUUCUGAAGAUGCACUUCACAAACAAAUAUGUGAACGCCCAAGUUAUUCACACCCCGACUGCUACAGUUGCAGCUGCAGCAAGCUCACAGGAAAAACUACUCAGGCCGAGCAUGGAGUCCACAAGAGAUGUCGCAGCAGCUGCCAAGAUUGGUAAGCUAUUGGGGGAGCGUCUCCUACUCAAGGGUAUUCCUGCUGUGUCUACGUUCUUGAAAAGGGAACAAAAAUACCAUGGGAAGGUGAAGGCUGUCAUAGAUAGUGUGAGAGAAGCCGGUGUCAAGCUGCUUUGAUGUCAUUCCUCAGUUGCCAUCAGAUAGUUACAAGUAUUAAGCUGCUGCGACAAUUUACAGGAAACAUUGGAGGCGGUGCCUUUUUUCCUUCAAUCUAAAUUUAAUUGUCGAGCUUGCUCUCAUGACUAUUGUCAUCUUAGGACUUGGCAAUUAUAUGCUGGAAUGCUAAGAAUUUAACUUGAUGCUUAACAAUUCAAUCCCAUCUUCAGGAUCCUUAUCUCAA